CCGUUCUCAUUGCUUUUCUGGUGUUUCGAAGUCUCGAAAAUGCCUGAGCCAGCGAAGUCUGCUCCUGCCCCGAAGAAGGGUUCCAAGAAGGCGGUGACCAAGGCGCAGAAAAAAGAUGGCAAGAAGCGCAAGCGCAGCCGCAAGGAGAGCUACUCCGUCUACGUCUACAAGGUGCUGAAGCAGGUCCACCCCGACACCGGAAUCUCCUCUAAGGCCAUGGGCAUCAUGAACUCGUUUGUCAACGACAUCUUCGAGCGCAUCGCUGGUGAGGCGUCUCGCUUGGCGCAUUACAACAAGCGCUCGACCAUCACGUCCAGGGAGAUCCAGACGGCCGUGCGCCUGCUGCUGCCUGGGGAGCUGGCCAAGCACGCCGUGUCCGAGGGCACCAAGGCCGUCACCAAGUACACCAGCUCCAAGUAGACUUGUCAAGAGGAGCAAACAGACUUUAGGCAUGUCUUUUCCACCGUUGGUCAUCUCACAAAUUAACCAAUGAAAAUGAUGCUGGAAGAAGAUAAAUGGAAGUAUUUUUAACAAUCAGGAAGGAUUAAUUAGCAUCUGGCUAAAACGUUUACUUUUUUUUCCUGUUUUCAGAAAUGUUAAAUGUUUAUUGCAAAAAUUUGUGAAAAGAAAAAUAUAUAAAGAAAAUUAAAAUCGUU